GUAGGUGGGGAGAGGGUGCUUAGGGCUGGGCUUAAGCCACCGGGACCGGCCGGUGGAUUUGGCCGGCAGGCAUCGGAAGCAAGGGAGCGAGUGGCACUUCACUCCAUGAAGAGAAGUCAGCUUGUCGAGGAAAAGCGAGAGAGAGGGAGAGAGAAUCAUCACAAAGCUAUAGUAGAGGACGGUUUUUAGAAUUGUUGGCGUCCACACUCUUCGCUCUUGUCCUCUUCUACACCUGAGCUUGAGCUGAAGAGAGAAGGAGAGAGGGAGAGAGGAAUCGGCGGAGGAGCCGAUCCGGAGAUCUGACGGGGGAGAGCCGGUGGGCAUGGAUUUCGACGACCAUGAUGAGGGGGAGGAGGAGAUGGAUUUGCCUGUGGGUUCUAGUUACGACACUCCCAUGGAGAAUUCAGGUCGAGGAGGAGGAGGAGGUGGUGGAGCGAAGAUGGGCGGAGGAGGGGAAUCAGCGGGAACGAUGGCGGUGGGGGGUUCAGGCCAUCGUAAAGCAUACGGUGUGGGAGGUGGAAGAGGGAGGUAUAGGGAGUGCUUGAAGAACCACGCGGUGGGGAUCGGGGGGCACGCGGUGGACGGUUGCGGAGAGUUCAUGGCGGCCGGGGCGGAAGGGAGCCUCGACGCGCUCCGCUGCGCCGCCUGCGGCUGCCACCGCAACUUCCACCGGAAGGAUCCCGAGGAAGGUGGCGCGGGGGGAGGAGGGGCCUCCUGGGGUGGUGGUGCAAUGGAGAUCUCAGGGUACCACUCCCAGUUCUCGCCCUACUACCGGACGACGGCCGAGUUCCUCCACCACCACCACUAUGCGGCGGCGGCAUUCGCGGGGCAGCAGCACAGGGCAGCGCCUUUGGCUUUGCCGUCGACGUCGGGCGGAGGAGCGCAGAGCAGGGAGGAGCAGGAGGACAUGUCGAACCCCACGAUGGGCGGCGGUGCCAGCGGAGGAGGCAUGGCGGCGUCGGGGUCGGGGGCGAGGAAGAGAUUUCGGACCAAGUUUACGCAGGAGCAGAAGGACAAGAUGCUGGCCUUCGCGGAGCGGCUGGGGUGGCGGAUUCAGAAGCACGACGAGGCUGCGGUGCAGCAGUUCUGCGAGGAGACGUGCAUCAAGCGGCACGUCCUCAAGGUGUGGAUGCACAACAACAAGAACACCCUCGGACUCUUGGCUGUUUGCAUCUCCAUUUCUUCUUCUCGUUCUGGUGUUUGGAUUUCAACGGAGGCUUGUGAUGGUUGAUUGAUGAUGGGUGGGUCGCUCUUACGUGAUCUUAAUGAUGGAGGACAGUGCGCCAUUGCUCGUUACCUUGUUGGUGAUGUAGUGCAGUGUGGGUUGUCUAACACCGGGGAGAUGGGUGGGACCGUGUGAUCGUAAGGAUGAUUUCCCUAAUGGCAAGGCUCAUUGAAUCUUAAUCAGUCAGUCAAAGCUUCUCCCACAAAGGUCCAGACGUAGAC